CUCUCCGGGUGGGCCGGAAUAGAAGCGACUGUGACGAAGGACGACGAGGGGAAGAUGAAUGGAUAUUCUGAAGAUGUCGACACCCUGCUCGUCUUUGCUGGUCUAUUCUCCGCCAUCCUCACCGCAUUCGUCGUCUCGACCUAUACCAUGCUGCAGCCAUCGAGCGUCGACCUCACGAACCAGCUCAUUACCACCAACAAUCAGAUCCUCGUCCAAGGCUUCUCUGCCGUCCUCACCGGGUCCUCGUUCUCUCCCCCUCAGUUCAUGUCUCUCGCUGAUCUGCCGCCAUUCCGGCCGUCGACCCCGGCACGGUGGAUCAACACGCUGUUCUUCAUCAGUCUCGUCCUCAGUAUCGCGGCCGCCCUGCUUGGCAUCCUGGUCAAGCAGUGGGUGCGCGAGUACAUGCAGUGGAACUCGCCGCUGGCAACUCCGCGGAAAAAUAUCAUGGUGCGGCAAUUCCGGCUGGAGGCGUGGGAUGCGUGGAAUGUCUCGGCGAUCGUCUCGACGGUGCCGGCACUACUCGAGGUCGCAAUGAUCCUGUUCCUCAUUGGCAUGGUCAUCCUGCUAUGGACCCUGGAUGACGUUGUGGCAAUCUGUUUGACAGCAUUCACGGCGAUGUUCCUGCUCGUUAUCGCCGUGUUCACCAUCCUUCCCGUGUUCUCACGCCGGUGCCCGUACAAGUCACCGACGGCAUGGGCGGUCAUGGCAGCUUGCAAGCUCACCUUGCAUAUGGUGCCGUUCUGUGUGAGAUGGGGUAGAGUAUAUGCUGCUCUGCAGUAUCGUCGAUGGCGGUGGUUCAUUAGUUGUAAGCAAUGCAAGUGUCUAGCAUGUCAUCUACAUCCCUAA